AUGAAUAUAAAAGAUAAUAUUGAUAAUUGUUUAUAUAAUAAUAGUAAUAUAGAAAAUAAUGAUAUAGAAAAUAAUAAUAUAGAAAAUAAUAAUAUAGAUGAAGUAUUAAAUAAAAAUAAUAAUAAUAAAAUAAAUAAUAAAGUUUACUUUGAAAUUAUUUGGAAAAAUAUUUAUUUAAAAGGUUUAAUUAUUUAUCAUCUUAGAAUAUUUAAUAUACAUUAUUCAAAAAAAUAUUUCAAUUCUUUAAAUAAUUUCGAUGGAUUCCAAUAUAAACAUUAUUGUCGUUCAGUUAGUCUUAGUGGUGAUGAUGAUGGCUCUGACAACCCAUUAAAACUAAUUACUAGAAAUAUAGAUACUAUUUAUUAUUAUUUUAAUACAUUCAAAGAAUCAACAAGAAUACCAUGUUGGGUAGAGAAAUUUGGUGUCAAUAUUUCAUCAGUUGAAUUCUCUAAGGUUCUAUUUAGAGAGUUACGAGAUUCAAAUAUAAAGAAACUAAUUUUAGAUUUUAAAGAGGGUAUAUAUCCUCCACAAAUAUCUUGUUUUACAAUGUUACCAAAGAAUUUAACAAGUUUAAAAACCAUCUUUUAUCCCUAUACAAUUAAUAAAGGUAUGCUACCAUGUGGUCUAAAGACAUUGGUCAUAGAUCAUAAUAAUCAUAUUCCUAUUGGUGAAGCAUCACUCCCAGAUUCUUUGGAGUUUUUGACAGUUAAGUCUGAUAUUCCAUAUCCACUGACAUUGAAUAAAACAAUAGUUUUUCCAAAAGGUCUAGUAGUUUUAGAACUCAAAUGUUUUAGUGAAGUAGAAAGUGAUUUCAAAUUUCCAAAGUCAUUAAAAACUUUAGAAAUUAUAUGUAGGGGUACUUUCAAUUCAACACUUCCCAAUUGUUUAAAGGUUUUAAAGUUCAGUGUAGACGAUAUAAAUUUGAACACAUCAAGUACAAAAGAACCAAUUCAAUUACCACCAAAUUUAGAAAAGCUUGAUAUACAUUUAGGUAAUAGCAAUCAGUUUAUAAAUAACCAUCAAAUGAUCCCAUCAAAGAAUUGCAAAUCGUUAAAGUAUUUAAAGAUAAACUGCACUCAAAUUAAUGACACUGAAGGUGAUUCUAUAUUCCCAAACAGUAUAGAAACAUUGAUUAUAACUGGGGCUUGUUUUCAAAUUAAACCAAAUAUGCUACCGAGAAACUUAAAAUCAUUAUCUUUCGAAAAGCCUUACAAUUACCCAUUGGUUGAAGAUGGUUUAUUCCCAGAAACACUAACCCACCUCACGUUUUAUGAGUUUAAUCAAAAAAUUGGUGCAAAUGUAUUUCCAGAAAAUUUAAAGUUACUAGACCUGGGAAUAGGCUCUAAUUACAAAUUACACGAGCAUUCAAUUCCAUUGGGUUUGCUGGAUUUAAAGAUAAGAUAUCAAAACUAUACAUAUCUUCUAUUUUUAAAAGAUAGGCCAAAUUUAAUAAUAUCAACUUAUUACUACCGUCAAUUUAUUGAAUAUUUAUGUCCAAAACAACUAAGGAUUCUAAAACCCUCAUCAGAUGUAGAUAUAGACUUAAGUGUUCUCCAACUAAACGACAAAUCUAACCUAGAGUUGCUAGAGAUACCAAGUCUAUUCAAUUAUAAAAUAUAUCAAAAAGAUUUACCAACCAAUAAUAAUAUAAAAACAUUAAUAAUAGGUGACCAUUUUAUUAAUCCAUUGGAUUUAGAUUUAUUCCCAAAUUUAGAACUUUUGGUAGUUGGUGAGUCAAAUCCUUCAAUCAAAUACUCUCACAACAUAACUAAAUCUAAACUAAAACAAAUCAAUGUAUUACAUUAUCUAUAUUAA